CAGAAGGCAAACGUGACAUAUUUUGGUGCGAAAAAUUAAAAGACGAAGGUCAAGUUUAGUCGUGCAAAUGUUACGUUUUCCAGUUAAUGGGCUCAAAAAAGAAGAUCUUUUUGACUGGUCAUUGAAAUCAGAAAAUUAUCUUAUUACACGUCAGAAAAAAAAGAAUCAGUUAGUGCAAGUAAAUGGAAUUGAAAUUGCAUUAUUUAGAUAUGGAGAAAGAAUAUUUGCUAUUAAAGAAUAUUGUCCGCAUCAAGGUGGUCCAUUGCAUCUUGGAGAAAUUGAGGAACUUCCAGAUGGAGAACCGUGCAUCAAGUGCCCUUGGCAUCGCUGGUGUAUGAAAUUAAAGGAUGGAAAGAUAGUUUCUAGUAAAAACAGGCAACCGACUUCUGUGUAUCCAGUUAAAGUUGAUGAAGGAGGAAACAUUUUUAUAGAAUUUCAAUGUAUCAAUGAAAAAUAUUUUACUUCAGAAGAUUUUUGAUUUAUAAUCAAUUUCUUAAAGCUCAAACAAUAAUUGUGGAAGUUUGAAAGUCUUUUAAAUAUUUUCAGAAUUUCUAUAAUGUCAUGUUCUACAAUAAUUGUUUGAAUUUUAAUGUAUAUUAUACUUGUGGAAUUGAAAUCAGAUCACCCAUUUGAUCGUAUUGGAUUUGUAAACAUUGUAUAUAUGUACAUAUCAGAUAUAUAUUUAAAAAA